UGGGAGCGACUAGACGGACCUGGGUUCAGAAAGAUCGACAUUUCAUUAAAAUAAUCUCUGGUUCCGUCCUCAGUGGGUCGGAUAUAUUAACGUCUAAUGUUGUGGAUGUUUUGCGGAUCACAGAUGAUUCUUGUCUCGUUCCAUUUGAACGCAGUUCGGCGUGACGUUGGUACCGAGCAGAACCGCAGGUGGGAUUGUAUUUAAACGGACCUGUUGAUGUGUUCAGCUCAGGACGAGACCACCGAGUAAAAGAUGGAUUCUGAGGACAUGUAUCAUGUCUGCUGUGCCGAACAUCCGCCGAAAUGUUCACUGAUGUCGCGGGUGUCCGACAGUCUUUGGUUUUCUGCCGUAACCAAACGCUCAGUUUACCACUUUGGAAGUGAACGCUAAAACGUCCAUAUUUUUUAAAGGAGUCUGGUUUAGUGUUUCAUCCGCGUGGGAGAGAGCGGAUCCAGCGGCGGGCUGUGGGAUCUGUUCUCUAACGUACUGAGACAUUUUAUUCAACAGAUGUUCGACAGAAAAGUGCAGAUUUGAGAGAAGCGGUCGCGGGUGGGAGGACUGACUGUGCGCCGAACGGAACACUGGACUCUGAUCAUUUGUUUCAUGUCUUAGUUUAAUUUCCGACACGUCGUUUUAUUCGUGGAUGAGCGAAGAAAUUUUUUAAUUCGUGGAAUUUUGUACGGAGUCUGGAGUGACGUCCCCCCCACCCACCCGGACAGAUCGAGCAGGGAUCUCCUUGGAAACGGUUGGUGACAGUGGGACCCCCCCCCCCCCCCCCCCCCAUCCUCCUCCUCCUCCACCCCCUCCUCCCUCUGCUCUUCAUCAGGGAUGGUUGGUACUGAGGUCCGCCGCCUGCUCUCCCACUAACCACCAGUGCCGACUGGGAGCUUUCCAGUGAGCAGAUGUUCUCCAGCAGGAUGAACCCGUCCAGCCUGCUGUUCGGACCGCUGGAGGAGCUGCAGGAGCUCGCCUUCAUCGAGAGGCCGAUCCGCAGGAGUCUCAAGACAGCUGAGGAGAUCGAUCAGCUGACUGUGGAUGAAGACCUGAACGACAUUGAGAGAGCUGUCUACCUGCUCAGCGUGGGUCAGGAGGUGCAGAGAGCGAGUGUCAUCAGUAACCUGCCGAGCCUCGUCCGCCAGAAUCCAGCUGAGACGUUUCGGCGAGUAGUACCAAAGGUUCGGGAGGUUCUGAACGGAGCCGGAGCAGAAAUCCAGCUGGCAGCAGCAGGGUCAUUUUUAACCAUCCUACAGGAUGACAUCAUCCUGAUCCACACCCACACCUACUCCAUCCUGAAGACAGUCCUGCUACACCUGAACCACCGUGACACAAUGGUGAGCAACGCCUGGUUGGAGACUCUGCUGUCGGCCAUCAACGCUCUACCGAAGGAGACCAUCAAACAGGAGGUGCUGAACCCUCUCCUGUAUCAGUCUCAGCUGUCUCAUUCUCUUCAGGCUCGUCUGGCAAGCUGUCGCAUCUUAGGGAAGGUGGCCUGCAAGUUCGAUUCUCAAAUAGUGAAGAAGGAGCUGCUGCCGUUGGUGCGUUCCUUGUGUCAGGAUGUGGAGUUUGAGGUCCGGUCCUGUAUGUGCCGUCAGCUGGAGAGCAUCGCCAGAGCGACGGGGGUGGACGACACCAGGACCGACCUGCUUCCUGAACUGGUGGAGCUCGCCGAUGACGAGGAAAGCAGCGUCCGCCUCGCUGCCUUUGACACCAUCAUCAACCUGAUGGAGAUGAUGGACGGUGAUGACAGGCUUCAUGUCGUGGUUCCUCUGGUGAUGACAGUGUGCGAGGUGUCGUCGCAGGCGGACGAAGCUCUCUUGGCAUCUUUGUCAUUCCAGUUUGGGAAGCUCUGCAGUGGCCUGGCAGGCUCUCUGUCAGACGAGCAGAAGAGUCGGUUGCUGCAGAAGUUUAAGGUGCUGUGUGUCUCUGGACUGCAGACUGAGGGGAACCAGACUGAUGGCACCGAGUCAGCGCUGAUCCGCUGCAACUGCUGCUACAACCUGCCGGCAAUGGUGGUGUUCUCUGAGUCGGCGCACUUCCUGGCAGAGCUCUACCCGUCCUUCUCUAGUCUCUGUUGUGACCCAGAAGUCAGCGUUCGGCGAAGUGCAGCAGCCAGUUUCCACCAGGUGGUGAAGCUGCUUGGAUCAAACGUCCAUCUGGUUCACAAAGAGUUCCUCGCUCUGCUGCAGGACGACGCUCUGGAGGUGUUGGACGCUCUUAUGAACCACCUGGAGGACACUUUGGAGGCGGUUCUUUCAAGAGGAGAGAACCUGACACUGGACAACAAGUUCCCGGAGCUGCUGUCAGCCCUCCUGUUGGCAGAGCAGAAGGUCGGAUGUUCUCUGCGUUGGCGGCUGCAUGAGAAGCUGCUUCAGCGUUACAGCUGUCUAGCCAGACUGUUGCCUGGAGAACUGCUGCACCAGAGCUUCUCCCCUCGCAUCUUCAUCAUCCUCACCACCAACAAGGUGUUGCCAGUUCAGAAGGAAGCAGCUCGAACAUUCUGCACAUUCCUCCGUUACAACAGGAAACAGGAACAGCGACAGGAGAUGAUGGAACGACUGAUCCAAGACCUGGCUCAGGGGCGGAGCUACUGGAACCGUCUGAGGUUCCUCGACGUUUGUGAAACAGCCACUGAGGUUUUCUCAAGGAAAUACUUCAACAAACACUUCCUGAUCCCGGCACUUGAGCUGGUCCACGACCCAGUCGCCAAUGUCAGGUACAAGCUGUGUCAGUUGUUGCCUAGAUUGCGUUCAUCACUGCGCCUGCCAGCUGACAAGCAGCUGCUGCAGCAGCUUGACUUCUGCGUGCAGAAACUCCUCUGCAGAGAGAAAGACAAGGACGUGGUGGCCACCAUCCGUAAGACAGUGUUGGAAUUAGACAAACUGGACCUCACAGAGCCUUUUCACAAGAGGCAGGAGAGGGAUUUACUGGACCAGAAGAAGGAGAAGGAGGAGACUCUGCUGCUGGAGAUGGAACAGCUGGAGCGCCAGCAAACUGAAGGGAAACUGAACUCUGAAAAACAUACCGAGAGAAAACGAAGAGACAGUAAGACCAGUUUAUCUGCUACCAAAUCCAUGUCUGUGUCCUCUUCUGGAGCCACUUUGUCCUCCUCUGGUAAAGAGAUGAGGAAGGCUAAACUGUCGCGGAGUCGCUCCCUCAGCAGUCAGCCAACGACAUCCAAAUCCACCAACUCAGACAGACCUCUGAAACUGAAAGAGCUGAGCAGUACGUCUGGACCUGGGAAGUCCUCCAUGAUAUCAAGUAAAGACGACUCCUUGAGGACUGCCCACUUUACUAUGGCAACCCAGUCCACCCCGUCAAUGCCCGUCCUGAUCCGCAGCAACACCACGAGCCUCCUUGACCGGGCCAGCACAUUGGACCAUAGAAGCAGUACAAUGGAGCACAAGACCAGCACCCUAGACCAGAGAGAUCAUAGAACCAUUACACUGGACCACAGAACCAGUAACAUGGACCACAGGAACAAUAUGAUGGAGCAGAGAACCGGUACAAUGGACCAUAGAACCAGUACCUUGGACCAUAGGACCAGUACCCUGGACCAGAGAGACCACAGGACCAGUACCCUGGACCAGAGGGACCUUAGGACCAGUACCCUGGACCAGAGAGACCACAGGACCAGUACCCUGGACCAGAGGGACCUUAGGACCAGUACCCUGGACCAGAGGGACCUUAGGACCAAUACCUUGGACCAUAGAGACCACAGGACCAGUACCCUGGACCAGAGAGACCAUAGGACCAGUACCCUGGACCAGCGCAGUAAAACAAUGGACCGGGGCUGUGGGGUGAAGGACAACCAGUCGAGAAAGCUAUCGAUAAACAGGAAGUCAAACUCUUUUAGUGUCCAAUCCGGGCGAGACUGAAGAUGAUGAUGUCAUUGUACCUUCACUGGGCCAUCAACCAAUCAGCAGUCAGGGAGUGAUGUCCAUUAAAACUGCAGCUUCACAAGUUAAAGGACGAAUAAUGCUUCAGAAGAUUACCCAGAAUGCAACAGGACAUCAUCUGUUCAGAGACAGUGUGACCCAUCUUCUGAGCACUGUGCGUUCUAAUGAGCUCAUUCUGUCACCUGAUUGGUUCAGUAAAGUCACAUAAACAAAC